AAGAGGACAAGACGAGGCAUGCAGAACUUGAACUUGAAGCAGCUAAUCAAAGUUGGCGUUGCUCCUGUCGCACUUCUUGCAGAGACGCCGUUAUGGCAAUGCAGAAGGCGGGCCAACGUGCUGUCUGCGGAGCCGUAGAGAAGGGGCUGCAAUGGCGGGCCAUCUCAUGCUUGAUUGCCGAUGAUGGCUUGGGAAGCAGCCAGUCUGACGUACGCUGUGGCGUGUUGGACGCAGACAGCAGUGACUCAAGUGCACAGCUCCAAUGCAGGACAAGUCGACAGCAAACAGUUUCCUCCAGCCCCAAUGAAAGCUCCAGCUCGCUUGAUUCUCAAGUAACCUCGUCCAGAUUCCCUGCCGUCCCCUGCAUGCAGUGGUUUCGCUUGCCCUUCCCUUUUGUCUCAUCAAGCACACCCAAUUUAGAGCCAAAUGACUUUCCAGCAUUGUCACCCCAAGCAGGGAGCCUGUGCGAUGGCCUUGACUUAGGGGGCCAAAGUGCGCUUGCACGAGUUGGACACAAUCUGGUCGCCCCCUUCCACCAGCCCUUCUUGCAAGGCCCUCUUUCAUCAACCUUCACAAGCCUCUCAAGCUCCAGAGGUUUCACUUCUCAAUCCACCAACAGCAGCACUUUCUCCCGCCUCUCAACAAUCCAUGCGUCUUACUCAACCCAGGCCGCCCCUCAAGCCUCCUUCCCCAGCAACAUCAAGGAGUUUUCAACCUCGUGGCUAACCGACAUUCUGAGGACGUCAGGGGCAAUUGGUGCAGACUCUGCAGUGCAGUCCUUUUCUUCUGAGCAGGUUGGCGAGGGUGUCGGCCUUGUGUCUGCCUUGUACAAACUGAAAGUGACAUACAUCGGCGCACCAGGAACGCAUGCACCUUCCGGGCUGGUGGCCAAGUUUGCACACCCCUCAGAUGAAGCACGCGCUUUUGCAAUAAGGAAUGGAAGCUACGAGCGAGAGGCCCGUUUCUACCAGAAUUUCGGCACUCGCCCCGCAGCCACCCCUGCAACCGUCAAUCGCCACAAGGUGCCAAUCCGGACGCCCGAGAUCUACUUCUGCGAGUACGAACCGGACACUGCUCGGUUGUGCAUCCUGAUGCAGGACGUCUCAGACUUUGAACCUUUGGACCAAAUCAAGGGGGCCACGUUCGAUGAGGCGCUCGGGGUCAUGCAGGACAUUGGGCGCUUUCACGCCCUCUGUUGGAACUCCCCCGACCUCGACACGUGGCGCUGGCUGCCCCAGCUGCACGAGCCCCGAUUCCUCGCGUUCGACCCCCAGGAGUACCGCACCGCCUGGCCGCGCGCCCUCAAACUCUUCCCGGGGGUCAUCCCCGACCACCUGCUCUCGCCCCUCAGCCAGCUCCCCGACGCCGCCCCCGGGCUGCUCGAGCGGCUCGGGGGAUCCCCCCGAUCGCUCCUCCACGGCGACCUGCGCCUGGACAACGUGUACAUCCGGCGGGGGAAGGCGGACGCCGACAAGGCCGCGCCGCUCGCGGCCGGGGUGACGCAGGAGCCCAACCUUUUGUACAUUGACUUCGGCGACUGCUGCGCGGGGAGGGGGGCCCACGACGUGGGGUACUUUCUGAGCCAGAGCUUGGAGCCCGCGGUGCGACGGGAGCACGAGAAGAAGCUGCUACACGCGUACUGGGGGGCGCUGCACGGCUCGGACGCCGAGGACGUUGAGGGCAUGCAGGAGCGGCUUGCGGGGUACGAUUUUGAGGACUUGGUGGAGGACUACAAGUUUGGGGUGUUGUACAAUUUCUGCCUAGCGGUCAACAUGGCGAGUCUGAUCGAGGAGGGGAAAGGGGGUGAGCGGGUGCGGCAGCUGGCAAGGACGGCGAUUGAGAGGGCGGUGAAAGCGAUUGAGGACCACAACUUGGGCGAGUUGGUACACAAGAUUUUGUCCUCAUCUUCACAACAAUGAGACACUUCUGAACGUUGGGCAUGAGACAUGAGAAGCUGUCUUGAUGUUGCCUUGUAUACCGUCGUAUAGGGUGUCCGAGAAUAGGAGUCAUACAAUAAAUAUAACAAUCUUUGAAAGUGGAAACAAAACACGAUACAAUGUUUUGCAAUACACUCCUCUUACCGUUCGUUAAAAUGACAAGAAACAGAAACCCUUUUCUUUUUUCUACUGCUGACACUUCUGAUUAAUACGAUGUGUUCAACGGUUGUGUGCAUG